AUGGCUCAGCGAGUUGCCAUCAUUGGUGCCGGUAUCUCUGGCCUCGUCGCCGCAAAAGAGUGCCUCGAAGAGGGCUUGCUCCCAACCGUCUACGAGGCUCGUGACGGUAUUGGCGGCCAGUGGCGCUACGAAGAACCUCACCCAGUCACUGGCGAAACAUUCUCAUCGGUAUACAAUGGUGUUGUCUCAAACACUAGCUCCUUGCGCUCUCAUUUCAGCGACUUUCCUAUGGACCCUGCCAAAUAUCCCGAUUAUCCUACCCACACAGAUUACCUGACGUACAUUAUGGACUAUGCAAACCACUUCGGUCUAGAAAAGUACAUUCUUCUGAACACUGAAGUGCUGUCCUGUGUCAAGCAUGAUGACACGAAGUGGAAGGUCAUAACCGGUACAAGCGAGGAGCUUUACGAUGCACUGUUUAUCUGUACCGGCAAAGAGAGCAUUCCAUACACCCCGGAAAUCGAAGGUUUUGAACGUUUCGAGGGCCGUAUUAUCCACAGUCAUGUCUACCGCCAGCCCGAUGAGUAUGCAGACAAACGAGUGGCUGUAGUAGGGUUUGGUCCAUCAGCCGUGGACAUUGCAAGUGAAGUUUCUCUCCGGGCUAAAUCAUGCCACCUCAUCACUCAGCGAGGAGGCUGGGUUUUACCGAGAUACGUCAACGGUAAGCCUGUUGAAUCUCUGCAGAGUCGAUUCUGGGAAUAUGCCCUGCCUCGAUCGGUGCUCAUGUGGAGCUACGAAGGCGUUCAUCGCGCUGUAAUGGGUGAAACACCAGAGACUCUCAAGCCUAACCACGGUAUUCUCGAGGCUAAUGCAGUUGUAUCCACCAGUCUGCUAGAGCAUGUUCGUUCUGGUCGUAUUACUGCACAUCGUGCCUCAGUUGAGAGCUUCUCUGAGACGGAGAUUAUUCUCAGUAAUAAUACCAGCCUCGAAGUUGACGAAGUGAUCUUGUGCACUGGAUAUAAUGUUACCAUGCCGUUAAUCUCUGAGGACACAUAUCGUGGGAAUGAGCCAAACUCCGUGCGUCUGUAUCGACUCAUCAAUCCCCCGGAACAUAACAAUCUCUUCUUCAUGGGAUUAGUCGAAUUCCUGGGGCCCAUUCAUCCGACGGUUGAGCUACAGGCACGAUGGGCUGUCGGUGUAUUGACUGCAAGAAUUUCGUUACCAUCGGUGGAGAAAAUGCAGAAGAGCAUUGAAAAGUUUUAUAAGGAGCAAUGUCACCUGUUUGUUCAAUCUCGCCGGCACACCAUUGCGGUGCCUACACUUGGUUACUUGGAGACGUUGGCCACCGAUCUUGGCGUUAUGCCUAGCCUCAAAAAGCUUUUCAGAAAAUAUGUGUGUUCAAGAGCCCCUUUGAAAGGUGCGACAAUUAUCAACUUCUAUUAUCACGGACUGAUCACGUCUGCUCCUUACCGUCUUUUCGGACACGGUAGAAAACCAGCUCUUGCCGAAGCGACGAUUGUGCGGAUGGCUGUGAACGGCGAGACGUUGAGUGAGGACGAGGAGCUUCUUCUAGCGGCUGACAGAGCUUCAUGGCAUACGGUUGUUGAGUAA